CUGCCAAUGAGAGAGGUGUCAAAUGUCCCAUGGAGCAGUAAACUUCUCAUGAUCAAAAGUGGAGCUUUCGAAUGGCCUUUUAAUUAAUGAAUGGGGUGGAUUGCCGCAGUGCAGAAAACGUGUGAUUUAUUAUGCAGAAAGGGGAUUAUACAGAAGUUUCCUUCAGCUCUGACAACUUUUUCGAACUCGCUGGGGGUUUUUUUUUUCCCCCCCUUUAUUCUUGCUCCAGAAAUCACCCAAACUGAACAAUGUCGCAGUCAGAGCAGAAAGAAACGUCGGAGCAGGGAGCACAGAGCUCUGGACGCGAGCAGAGCGACGUGUUGGUGAAUCCCAGAGCGGUGUGUAAGGUGUGUAAGCGCCUGUACCGGGACCCUAAAAUCCUGCCGUGUCUGCACACGUUCUGCUCUGACUGCAUCGCUCAGCUGGAGCCGUUUUCGGUGUCUUCACGUAUCCAACGGGAUGUUCCGGAGGGCGGUAAGCGGGACAAACCACUAGAGGCAGACCGACCCGCCGUCACUAUCACGGUGCUCUGCCCUGACUGCGACUCAGAGGUAGACCUCCCUCCGUCCGGGCCCGUCGGGCUGAGUACCGACCACUUAGCACUGGACGAAGUAUUCGUGGAGACCCUGGAAACGGACGGCCCGCUGGGAUGCGACCUGUGCGGAGAAGGAGGUGCUGGGAGCCGCUGCGAGGUGUGCUCCGUCAACCUGUGCGAGUUCUGCUGCCAAGCGCAUAGACGGCAGAAGCGAACAGCGUCUCACUCCAUUCAGGCUCUGGAGGAGCUGAAGGCUUGUGGUCGUCUGGUCCGGCCUGUCCUCUGCACCCUGCACCCGGGACAGGAGCUGCGGCUUUUCUGUCAGCCCUGCGACCUGCCCGUCUGCCUGGAGUGUGCCGCCACGCUGCACCGCGACCACCGCUGCUGCCCCACACGUGAUGUUAUCGAUCGCCAUGGGGACCGCAUCAGAGAGCUGGUUAACGUGCACCUUCGACCCCGACUCGAGCGACUGGAGGAGUCACUGCAGAAGGUGGAAGCAUCUCAGGAGACUUUGCAGGCACGAGUUGAGGCCACAGCCAAUGAGGUGAGGGCAUUCGCACGAGGUUACGCCAGCGCAGUGGAGGCCCACUGUCUGUCUCUGCUGCGGCGUCUGGAGGAGCUCCGCGUCCAACGGAGGAACCACCUCCACUUACAGGGGGUGCAGCUUCAGCAGGCUCUGCUGGACAUCCGAGGCAGUGUGGAGUUCGCAGAGCGGCUCCUGAGUUGCGGGUCUGACGCUGAGAUCCUCAGUGCCAAAGGAGUGACCUUGAGAAGACUCACCAGCCUGGCAGAGAGGGGUUAUGACCCCCACCCAGCAACCGUUGCCCCUGAUGAUGGCAGCAGUAUAUCCUUCAUGCCCAGGGAACCCGCAGGGGAGGUGGAGGGCUACCCUGUGGUCGGGGUAAUCAACUCUAAGUCGGUGGAUGUCAGCAGGUGCACCAUUGAAGGAGAAGGCCUGCAGGAAGGCACGGAGGGCCAGCUGGGCCACUUCACCCUGGUGUGCCGAGACUCAGCUGGAGAACAGUUGGCGCGAGGUGGAGAGCACGUCCUCGUGAGCGUCGUUCACACAGAGAAGAAAAACUGUAAAGUGGAGACGACUGUGACUGACAACAGUGACGGGUCCUACAGUGUGUCAUACACACCACAGCAGCCAGGAGCGUACUCCGUGUGGGUUUGUGUCAAAGCCCAACAUGUCAAGGGCUCUCCAUUUGUUCUGAAUGUGAAGAGGAAGUUCAGGCGUCACAGAGGGACGUUUCACUGCUGCUCCUUCUGCUCCAGCGGAGGAGCCAAAGAGGCUCGCUGCGGCUGCCCGGGAACCAUGCCAGGAGGAUUUAAAGGCUGCGGUCAUGGUCAUAAAGGACAUCCCGGGAAGCCUCACUGGUCUUGCUGUGGCAGCACCACGGAGCAGUCGGAGUGUUUGCCCCAGAGCGUGCUGGCUGCCAUUUCCCCUCGCAGCCACCUGCGAACUGUGGAGCUCUGAGGCGACGCCGAGCCGAGACCUAUCAGGACGAUGCGAUUUCAUAAAAAGAUGGCAGAAAUGGAAAGGUUAGAGCUGCGGGGAAGUAACCUUGAGGUUGUCGGCGUAAACCUUGGACCAACUUGAAAAGGUCAGACAAGGGAAGUGAAAGUAACCUAGUGAGGCAGGACAUCAGAGUCACUGCAUGUCGGGCUUAAUGUGAUACAGCAUCCAGCCAGCUGUUCGAGACUAACAAGGGACACAGACAGUCCUCAUUGUAAAAGUGCCUUUAUGUGUCGGCUUAUCAUGCUCACGCUGGAGGAGAAAGAAGAAGCAUCGAUCACAGCAGCACAGAAAUGUGUUUAAAGCCUUGCUGAAAGGAAGCAGAGCAACAGCUGACAGUUUACAAGUUUUUAACCUUUUAAUCAGCUCGGAAGUUCUGAGGUGCUAAAAUAAAUUUUUGAUUCAUGAUUUUAAGGGUCAGUAAAAAAAAACAGCCAGAAUCAACAGAUUGUGGAAUAUUUUAUGUCUUUUUAUAUCAAACAAUCAGAGGAAGUAAUCCUAAAUAUACUUUCGUAGAUAUAGCCAUGGUACACCACCACUCCCUACAUGGCACCUUGCCUGUGUAGACAGCCAAAAAUGACUGUAAUGCUAUUUUUCCAAAAAAAAAAAUUUGAUGGAUUUUUCUUUAUAGUUCCUUUGUUCUUUCAGUUCUGAAAUAAUGUAACUAUUAUUGUAACUGUUAUGAGGUAUAAGGUAGUGGAACAACAGUCUAUGUGUCAAGAAAUGCUUUUAUGCAUCUCCUUACAGUACUGUUACAAAUAUGGACACUUAUGUUAAAUAAUGAGAUCAAUGUUUUAACAGCUGAUCAUGUGGGCCAAAGCUCAAGCUUCAGGGUUUUUUUUAUUACUCUUGUUUCUGCAUGAUGUCAGUGACAGCAGAUACACCUAUGGAUGUGGCUCUGGCUGCGGCCACAGCAGCCCCGCCCACCUGCUGUUCAAACCUGCUGUUUACAAGGGGUAGCCAAUCAGAAGAAAAGCUAGCUUGAAGGGCGAGGGAAAGGAGCUAAAACAGCUCAUUUCAGACAGGGAUUAAUUUUGAAUAAUGGGAAUAUUUGUCAUAUAAAUAUUGACUAAUUACAUGAGUUCCAAGUAGUUGUGUAUUAUAACAAUACCUACUGUGUCUUCAUUAGUAACAACUUAGUCAUAAUUGUGCCUUUUACUGGAUUAUUUGUAUGUAAUAGUCACAAAACAGGUGAUUACACAUAGCAUUACUAAUAAUUCAUAACUAUUUCCUACAAAUUUACAUAUUACAGCCUACUCAAGUUUUAUUUCUAAGUAUUAAAUCAGGUAGAUAAAUACAUUUUUGUUAAAAAAUAAUAAUAAAACAUUAUGUAUAGCUACAAGGAAAUCAUUAUAUGCACAACUACUGCCAAGUACUGCAAAAAUAUGUUUACAUUUGACAACAUUUCAUUCAAUGAUUAAUUUGUAAGCUAAUCCAUAAGGUAAGGAAAGGCCGUUGCAUGGAAACCAUCCAAAGUGUAAAUUCCUUCGCUGUUCCAAAUGCAAACAUCUGAUUGUUUUUGCAAGCCACAGCAUCUGUCCUGUCCUGUGUGCAUGUGAACAAUUUUAUAUCCAAUGGCUACAACGAAGAAACUCAUUAAAAUAUUCACACAAAAGGUUUUUUCCUCAAGUGUCUUUAGGAAUUCAACUCCUGCAAGCUUCAAGCCUUUAUCCGGAAAGCACUGUGACCAUGAAGGUGCAGACAGACACUGCUUAGAAUACAGACUCGUAUUUCUUCUGCGCGUUAUAAUGAGCCACUUUUUCUGUAUUCAGAAUGCAACAUGCAUGUUGCACUUGAGUGGAAGGAACAUGAUGAAUUUUAUGAAGUUGUAAAAAUGAAAUUUACAACUAAUUUUUCUACUUGUGGGCCAAUAUCUGCAGAAUGACAGAGAAGCUGUCACACACUGAGAUCAGGAAGUGUUUCCAUCAGACUCUGACUUACACAUUCAUCUGGAUGUAUUAGCAGGUAACUUGUCCUGGUGCUGUAUUAUUAUUACUUUUUUAAAAAAAACUUGUUUACAUCUAAUA